AUGACGACGAGUCGUCCUCCUCCGGGAAAUAACCAAUCACCGCCGCUCGCCGAAACGCCGCUGCUCGAAUCGAAUUACGACGAAGAGCAAGACGGCGGCGGAGGAGAGAGCGUCAGUGACAACGACGACGACGACCUCGGUCAAACGCUGAGAUGGCUCGAGACGAUUCUGACUCUCCUCGGGUUUAAUCAAUCGUCUACUCAAAGCCUCGUCUUGUCGUGGAUCGUCUUUUUAGCGAUCGGUUUGGUGCUUCCGGUGACAGUGCUGGAGCUAGGUCAUUGUUUGGAUUGCGAGAGGUAUCAAUACAAGAGCUUCGAGCUCAACAUCGUGAUUUCUCAGGCGUGUUUGGCUGGUGUCUCUCUGCUCUGCGUCUCUCAUAACCUGAGAAAGCAUGGGAUUCGGAAGUUUCUCUUCGUUGAUCAACUCAGUGGACGUAUGGGUCGGCUCAAGGCUCAAUACAUUAAGCAAAUCACGAACUCUAUGAAACUUCUUGCAUUUUGGUCGCUUCCAUGUUUUAUACUGAAAGCAGUUCGAGAGAUCAUACGAAUGCUAUACGUGCCUCAUGACCAGUCAUGGCUCUCUGUUGCGAUUCUCUUAUCAAUGAUCUUGUCAUGGACUUACUUGAGCACUAUAUUCUUAGCUGCAAGCGCCAUGUUUCAUUUAGUCUGCAACUUGCAAGUCAUUCACUUCGAAGACUACGCAAAGCUACUAGACGCAGAGUCAGAGAUCUCUCUUUUCAUCUACGAGCACAUCCGUUUGCGGUAUUACCUCUCCAAGAUAAGCCAUCGCUUCCGAAUCUUCUUGCUUCUCCAGUUCUUGGUCGUCACUGUUAGCCAGUUCACUACACUCUUCCAAACCACCGCGUACAGCGGACGCAUCACUUACAUCAACGGUGGCGAUUUCGCGGUCUCGGCGGUGGUUCAAGUUGUUGGGAUCAUUCUGUGUCUGCACGCAGCGACGAAGAUAUCUCACAGAGCGCAAGCGAUUGCGUCGGUUGCAAGUAGAUGGCAUGCGAUAAUGUCUUGCUCGCCUACGGAUUCGACUCAGAUAAGGACUUCUCCUAGUGGAGUUCACUUGGAGGCCACAAACACGAAUCCACCAGUCUCGUUUCCGUUGUCACAUUCAGAGAGUGAUGUGGAGUCAAUGGAUCGGUACAUGAGGAUGCCUAGUAAUAACCAUGUCCCUUCUUACAUGUCCAUGUCUUCGUACCACAAAAGACAAGCUUUCGUGUUGUAUUUGCAGAUGAAUCCAGGAGGGAUAACGAUAUUCGGGUGGACAGUUGAUAGGCAUCUGAUAAACACGAUAUUCUUCAUUGAGCUCUCGCUCGUUACCUUUGUACUUGGGAAGACUGUAGUUUUUAGUUCUGAAUGA